AUGUGUGUAUCUAACAUAGCCACAGUCAUAACCAAAGCCCAAGCCUUCAGAGCCAUGGUCCUGCCCACCAUGGCUGUAGAUAAAGAAUCUCAUGGAAUGCAAGUUAGAGGGUCAGAUUCUACAGUUUUAAGUUCACAGUUUUUAUAUCAUUUUAUGUAUCAACUUCAGUAUAACUGGAUUUAUGUUCAGGUCUUUGCUCUACUUGGACUUGAGCUUUCUGCAAGAACAACCUCAACAACCAACACCAUGUGUGGCUACUAUGGAAACUACUAUGGAGGCAGAGGCUAUGGCUGCUGUGGCUAUGGAGGCCUGGGCUAUGGCUAUGGAGGUCUGGGCUGUGGCUACCGUGGACUGGGCUGUGGCUAUGGCUGUGGCUAUGGCUGUGGCUAUGGCUGUGGCUCACGCUCUCUCUGUGGCUGUGGCUAUGGAUGCCUGGGCUAUGGCUAUGGCUGUGGCUAUGGUUAUGGCUCACGCUCUCUCUGUGGCUGUGGCCAUGGAUAUGGCUCUGGCUAUGGGUCUGGAUUUGGCUAUUACUACUGA